GCGCAGACGCUGAUCCGUGCUGCUGCCUGCGCCAUAUUGGUUGACUUACAUGGGGAGUGGAGUUGGACAAGCUGUUUCAAAAACCUUCACCAGUCUCCGGGCAUGAAGCAUUUCGAGGAUAACAAAUAAAUCAAGCGGUGGGAUUUUUUUGUUGCCACGGGUGCAGACUCUUUGAACAGCCGAAUUGUUCGCCAUUUUACCGUGAGGAGGCUCUCAGUGAACUCGAGUUCAAUGGAUCCCAGGACCGCUUGGAUACAGCCGGAGCAGAAGGGACCUGCCAAUUCCCUGUGGAUGCACAUUUGGGAAACAUCUCAGGGAUUUGGUGCAAACUCCGACAUCGACAACCACCUUCACCUCCAACGCAACUUCGCAGCGCAUAAUACAAACUCCGUGGACUCUGACGGCGAGUAUUACAAAAUUGUAGCGCCGCCCCCGGGGGUUGUGUUUGGGAAGCAGUCGAAGCGAGGCGGCGGAGACCGGGGUAGUGUCCGGAGAAAGGGCUCGCUGUCGCCGUCCUCCUCCUCCUUAGACUCGGAGGCCGAGAGCUCCUCGCCCUCCGGCUCCUCUCUGCAGAUAGACAAUUUGAACGUCGCCGAGGAGGCCACUCGCUUUUUACACUAUGGCGAGCACGAGCUAAACGAGAACAACCUGAGGCGGCAGUUUCCCCCUCCGCCGUUUCACAGCGUUCAGCAACACUGUCGCAGCAUGCAACAGUCCAGCAGCGGCCACACCCCCACGGGCAUGAAAAAUCAGCAUGGGAACAAGCACCACCACCACCACCCUCAGCCCCACUCCUCCGGCCGCAGGAGACAUUUGAACCGAGCCAACACGUUCCACGGCAUCAACCCGCUCCUGUCCUACGGCUGCAAUGGACAAUAUUUAGACUCUUCAUGUAGCCUGUGGAAAACCAGGCGCUACAGCCCGGGCAUUAAUGGUCUACAUGAAGAGAUAGUGGACUUCUUCAACUUCAUGUCACCACGACCAGAGGAGGAGGCCAUGAGAACGGAUGUGGUGAACAGGAUAGAAAGUGUCAUCAAGAACUUGUGGCCCACAGCACGAGUGGAGAUAUUUGGCAGCUUCAGCACAGGACUUUAUCUUCCAACAAGUGACAUUGACCUGGUGGUGUUUGGAAAGUGGGAGCAUCCUCCGCUACAGGAACUCGAACAAGCCCUAAGAAGGCAUAAUGUAGCUGGCAAAUACCCCAUAAAGGUCCUGGACAAAGCUACAGUGCCAAUCAUUAAGCUUACGGACCAUGAAACGGAGGUGAAAGUGGACAUCAGCUUCAAUGUAGAAACUGCUGUCAAAGCAGCACAGUUCAUCAAAAGCUACCUUAAGAAAUACACCGUUCUGCCGGCUCUGAUCUUCGUCUUGAAGCAGUUCCUACUUCAGAGGGAUCUGAACGAAGUCUUCACUGGAGGCAUCAGCUCUUAUAGCCUCAUACUAAUGGCCAUCAGCUUCCUGCAGUUACAUCCCCGGAUCGACACGCGACGUGCCAACAUAAACCUGGGCAUCCUGCUGAUCGAGUUCUUUGAGCUGUACGGUCGCGAUUUCAACUACAUGAAAACGGGCGUCCGGGUGAAAAGUGGAGGGGCCUACCUGUCCAAGGAGGAAAUGCUUAAAGCCAUGGGGAGUGGGAACAGACCAUCAAUGCUCUGCAUUGAAGAUCCAGUCCAGCCAGGAAAUGAUGUUGGCAGGAGUUCUUAUGGCGUCCUUCAGGUUAAGCAGGUGUUUGACUUUGCCUACAUGGUGCUGAGUCAUGGAGUGUCACCUCUUGCACGUGCUUACCCCAACAAGGAGUAUGACAGUACUUUAGGGCGCAUCAUCAAGGUCAGCCCAGAGGUGUUGGCCUACAGAGAGUGGACAAUCAAAAAGUGGGAAGCCAAGCAAUAUGCUAAGCUGGAGAACCAUGAUAUAGACACCUGUGAGCAGGACCUUGCCAGACUCAUGCUGGUUUCUGUGGAGGAUCAGAGAGACAGCUCCUCUCCCCUCAGUGCUGACUCCCCCUCACCGUCUCCAGUCUUUCUUCCCAGCCCCCAGCACCACUCAUCAUCAUCAUCAUCAUCCUCAGCAUGCUCGCUCUCCUCCUCUGGGAGUGACAUUGAAUCUGAUUCUCCCCCAAUCAGUAAUGCCACUAUCCAGCUCCACCCCCUCACGCUGGCCUCAGUCCAUCCAGUAAUCCAGAUGGCUACUGACCUGAGGGCCACACAUGCAGGCUUCAUCCACACCAUACCGCAGCUCCAGAUGUCCCUCCCAGAAAACUUAACCAUCCCCUCCCUCUCUGAUUGCCAGUUCUACCACGAGAAUCCACCCUCGAUCAGAGUUGUGCACCGUCAGACAUCACAAGCUGCACAGCAGCACGCCAACUCCACAAGCCCCCUCCCCAGCCCCCUCCACCGGCUCCACCACACACAGGCUGGGGUGCAGCAGAGCCAAACGUACACCAAUUCCCACGGAUCCAUUGAGCUGCACAAAUUUAGCUUCAAGCACAACCAAGGUGGCAGCCUCCGAAGCCAAAAUCCCCCUCAAGGUAACUUCAGUCCCCAGCAGCGGUUUGUUCCCCAGUGUCACAACAUGGCACCAGGCUUCAGAAACCAGCAGCAGUAUAACCGAAACACCUGGAGACGCAGAAAGAGGGAUGAUGUUCCUGCUCUCAACCAAAGUAGAUGAGAGACUAAAGGUGCAGGAUUUGACAAGCUCGCUCAGCCCGUGACUCUUUGAGUUGAGAAGCCAUGAAUGUUAAGUAACGCCUAUUUUGUUUUUGUUAGAGGCUCUCAUUAAUGCACCUACGUCACCCUGGAAUUCCCAAGUCAAAGCCAGAUGUCUCCCAUGGUGCUGAAUGACCAAUCUCUGCUAGCAUUGUGCAAUCACUGUGCGACGCUUCAGGGAUCUGCAGGUGAAGGAAGACCAUAAAAUGCUGAACUCUUUGCUAUAUCAGUCUGAUGGUAGCUGAAGCCCUUCCUUCCUUCCUUCCUUCCUUGAAAUUUGAUGUACACCAGCACAGACUUAGUGUUGAAUGACUGAUUCCCAGACUCCAUGCAACUCGACCAUUUGGGGAACAUCAUGUGCCAUUAGUAGUGAACUGGUUUUUCAAGCCUGGUCUUUGCACCUUUGUGGGGAUUCUUUGGUCUUGUUGGGUCUUCUGUUUGCAACUCCCCAUCAGAAUGCUCUUGACUCCGAGCUGUUAUGGCUUUGGAUAUCAUCUGUGAAUUGUACUUGUGGACUGAAGCAAAGCACUACCUUUCUAUCUAUGCAGCACAAUGCUGACCUAAUGUUUUUCGGUGUUACGGCACAAAACGGACCUUGUCUCAAGUGCUUAAACUGUGAUGACUUGUUUGAAUGUACUAAGUGUUCCUUUUUUGUGUGUGUGUGUUGGUCAUUAUAUUAUGUUCUGUUUUUGUCACAGAGGGAAUUUUCUUUUUGUUCACGUUGGCACUAUGUUUUUGUACUGUAAACAUUGCCACCUUAUUUUAAGUUUGUUGCAUUGAUAUGUGACAGUGACUUGCUUUUAUUUAAUUUAUUUCACUUUUUAGUUUAAUUUUGGGGUUCUCCCCCACUGCAGGUUUACUCAUUUUGAUUCUAGUCUGCAUUGAUUUGUGCAAUAGAUGGAAUUAAGGGCCUUAAAGGAAUGUGUGUGUGUAUGUGCAUAUUUGUGUGUGUAUAUGUGUACCGCUUUCCAGCGGAAGGGGGAGCUGUAGUAUAAUGUGAGAAAUGUGCCAAAAAUCCCUUAAUGCCAACAUUUUACUUGUGUUAAAUUUACCAUCGCACUAGGACCACUUGAACUUAUGCCAUUUGCUUGUCAAAAUGUUUCUUCCACCACUAGUUCUUAUUGUCAACUUAUCACACUUCUCAGUGGUUUGUGUCUUUGGGUGCAUUUCCUCUUGAUAGACCACAGUCUGUGCUGGGAAAACACACCUUGAGCAGUAUUCCACAAAGUUUCAGAAACAGUUGGUGCUACUUAUUACCAGCAAAAUGCUUGUUUUCUGCCUUAUAUCUUCGUAGAUUCUGUUAAAGCAACAGUUUAACUGCCUUUGUAAAUGACCAAAUUUGCCCUUUGCCCUGGCUGUAGCUGAAGUUCUCAAAGUUUCUGUAAGCACUGUCGGGGUUACUUGGCCUCUUAUUUUUACAUAUAGGUUUGUAGCGUAUGCUCCAGGAGCAUACUCUGCAGUCGGUGAUUGCCAGCAUUAGCAUCAUGUCACACCUUUCCUCAUUUUAUUUCCUCUUCUCUUUGGUUUUUAAAUUACAAACGGUUGUGUACAAAGUCUGUAUCUUUCAGGGGAUUUCGUCUCCAUAUUUAAAGUCUAAAACAAGGUUUCAAAACUACUUAAAUUAUAUAGCAAUCCAUGAGAGAACUUGAGCUCGGGACGUCACAGAUUCACUGUUACACAAGUUCUGGUUAAGUGUUUGACAACUUGACUUUGAAGUCAUGUAUUUCGAAAGUUGUUGUUUUUUUGUUUUGUUUUUUAUUGUAAUAAGCUGAGACAAACAUGAUAUCCUUACCAUUGUAUCCUUGUUUUCAGUGCAGCUUUCCAGCAAUCCGACUAAAGCAUACUCAACUGGUUGUCACAUAUCAUUUGCCACAAACUAAAUCCCCCCCCAGCUCAUAUCUGUGUCACUUGGUAUGGAUUGUCAUUCGUAAAUGACGGACAUGUAUAGAUGUAUACCUUGUUUUUUAUGUAAGUUUUUCUAUUUUUUUAAUAAACUUUUUAAAACCUA